AUGCAUAUCAAAUUACCUAAAUAUAAUCCUGAUAAUGAUAUACUUAAUGACCUUUGGGGACAAUCAUUCAACAUUCGCGGCCUAUGUGUUCGUGAAUUAUCAAUAGAUGAAAUACUUGAACGUUUUCCUGCUUAUCGUCGUCCUGAACUAAUAUUAGCUGAAGUAAAAGACACUGUUGGUGUUGAUAUUAAUACAAAUACGAAUCAUUUAUUACCACAUUUCUUCGAUUGUAUACCUGAUAAUGGUUGCUUUUUGUCUGAAAAUAAUGAAAAUACAGUAUCCAGUUCAGACGAUGAAGAAGAUCCAUAUCGUUUAUCAAUAGCUACUCCACCUACUCCAACCGUUGAAGAUGAACGCUCACGAGCUAUUCGUGAAACUGCAUCAACACCACUAGUAACUAUGAAAAAAUUGUCGAAUAAUACAAAGUCGACAAAAUCAACUUCGAUUGCCUCCUCGAAAAAAUUAGCAUCGGCACAUCAACAAGAAAAUGCAGUUGAUAAAAUUCAGCAAAGCAAAAAACACCAUUCCACUGGUUACACGAAAACGUAA